AACAGAUGCCAUUAGUCCGAGCAAGAGUCUUGCCAUGCGAGUCUGUGGCCAAAAAAGAGAGGACUGACUAACACCAGAGCCUCCAAUGACAUGGGAAACCUAAGAAACUCAACUCAAGCCAAAACCAACUCGAAGGAGUGAAGCCAGAGUAACAGAGCUCUCUGAGUGUAUAGGCAGAUGGAGUGCCAAUCAAGUGACCUGCUUUGACUAAGUGACAGUGUCUCUGAGUGAGUUGUAACCCCACUGCGAAGCCUCUUCUGAGGAUGCCCACCUUGAAGAAGUUGUCCUCCUGUCUCCAGACUCUCUCUGAGUGAGUUAUAACCCCACUGCGAACCCUCUUCUAAGGAUGCCCACCUUGAAGAAGUUUUCCUCUUCCCUCCGAAAUUUCUGAAGAAAGGUCCUGAUCCGAAACAUUAACUUUCCUGCUCUUCUGAUGCUGCUUGGCCUGCUGUGUUGCUCCAGCUCCAUGCUGUGUGACAUGCUUUGACUAGGUUGGUUUUGAGCCUGUUGAGGAUUUUGGACUGCACUCAUUCCAUUGCAUACCUGACUUCUCCAUGUUGAUGGUGAAAAGGCUUUGGACACUCAAAGUAUGUAAGUCGUAGCAAAAUACCUAAUUUUGUGUAACUCCUGUCCUCCCAUCAUUCUGCGUGUUUAGCUGCCGCUUUACAACAAGUGGAAUGAGUCACAUUGGUGAAAGCUGGCUUCUGUGAUGUUUGGAGAACUCAGGAGGGAACAGGUUGGUUCAUCCAUUUGGCAAUUAUAGACGCAUGGGCAUCAACAGAAGGAGGCCAUUUGGCCCAACAAGUCUACGUCAGUCAAAAAGAUUUGUCUACAGUAAUUCCAGUUGCCAGCUCUUGGCCCAUGGCUUUGGCAGUAACAGCAAUACAAGGUGAAGUUUAUAGGACAUAUGAAGAGUACAAAAUGAUGGAUACAGCAGUGGAUGUAAUUUUAAAGACUAAGGAGGAGAAAGAUGUGGAACUGGAUAAAAAGAUAGAAGCUUUACGGAAAAAGAAUGAAGCACUUAUGAAAAGAUAUCAGGAAAUUGAAGAAGACAAAAAAAAGGCAGAACUGGAGGGAAUGGCUGUUACCACUCGAAAGAACAGACCUGAAAAUCUCACCAUCACUAUUACAAAAGCCCCGAAUGAAAAGAGAGUGGUCAGUGAGAAACGGACGUUUGGAGGAGCAAGCAUUCUUAGAGGUUGUGAAUCAGAUGCAGGUCAAAGAUUUUCUGUAGGAAGAGGACAAAGACUUCGUAAAUUUGUUGUGGAGGAAAGCAAAGCAAAGAUUGUUAAUAAGGAUGGUGGUGUUGUUGUCAGGCUGACUGACCUCUACAUUGCAGAAGCUGAGUACUAG